AUCAGUCGUGCGAGCACCACCCUCUUAUCCUCUUCUCCCACUCGCGCGCCUCGCACCCCCCGGCCCAAAUUCUACGCCUCCUCCUUCUCCUUGGCGCAUUUCUUGGCGUUGCCCUAGCCCCCGCUGGCUCGCCGUCGCUUCUGGCGCGCGCUAUGCCAUGAGCGGAGACCUCGACGACGGGCACGGCGCCGCCGCCGUCGGCAACGUUGUUGCGGCAGCAGCAGGAGGAGAGGCGGCCGCGGAGGUGGCGGUGGGUGCAGGUGCAGCAGCCCGCGAGGCGGCCGUGGACGCGCACGACAACGACGUGGUGAUGCCGGGGUUCCGCUUCCACCCCACGGAGGAGGAGCUCAUCGAGUUCUACCUCCGCCGCAAGGUCGAAGGGAAACGCUUCAACGUCGAGCUCAUCGCCUUCCUCGACCUCUACCGCUUCGACCCGUGGGAGCUCCCAGCAAUGGCGGUGAUGGGCGGGAAGGAGUGGUUCUUCUACGUGCCGAGGGACCGUAAGUACCGGAACGGAGACCGGCCGAACCGGGUGACGGCGUCCGGGUACUGGAAGGCGACCGGCGCUGACCGGAUGAUCCGAGGCGAGAACAGCCGCCCCAUCGGGCUGAAGAAGACGCUCGUGUUCUACUCCGGCAAGGCGCCUAAGGGCGUCCGCAGCAGCUGGAUCAUGAACGAGUACCGCCUCCCGCCACCACCUACCGACGCCGAUCCUUUCAUUCCCAAGUCCGAGAUCUCUCUCUGCCGCGUCUACAAGCGCUCCGGCAUCGACGACACCCACGGGCAGUCAUCCUCCAGCACCCAAUUCGCUUCCUCGGCGCGGCGGACCUCGUCCCGCACUGGUGCGCCGACGGUCAUUCGUCACGGAUCGUCGCCGUCGCCGUCGUCGACGCCACUGUCACCGACGCAGCAGCUCAGCAGCUUCCAUCUGCUCCAAGGAGAAUGCUCGUCUGCGUCACCGCCGGCGCCCAUGAUGGACCAAGUGGUCACCGUGCACAGCGCGCCGCAGCAGCUUCUGACUCACCCAAGCCCAUGUACGUACGCGCCGGCGACAACGAUCUCAAUCUCAACAGCGGAAGCUGUGCCGGAAUGGGCACAGGGCGCGGAGGCUGCCUUUGCCUCCUCGUACUCGCUCUUCAACAUGGCCGCCGCCGCCGGGCCUAUGGCGGCCGGCAGCUCAAGGUCGUCCGUCGACGAGCUGAGCACGCUGGUUGGUCACAGCCAGGCCUACGCCAACCUCUCGGCCGCGACGGGCGGCCACCUCCUCCCAUUACUGACGCCGCCGCCACCGCCAAUGCUACAAACGAUGCCGCUUGGUGCGCUGCCGAUCGUGGCGCCGCCAUCGUCUUCAGUCGCUGACAAGCUUAGCUGGGACUGGAACCAGAUACCUGACACGACAGGACGGGAUUACAAUAACACUUCUGGUUUUAAGUGAGCCCAAAACUCACUGUUAUAUAUAUAUAUAUGUUCUGAAAACCUGCCAUCAGUGUAGGUUAACAUAUAUACAGCUCAUGCAUGUCCACUAGUAAAUACGAUCAAGAAUACUAAUAAAUGAUGAGGAUUAUAUUCAGAACUA